AUGGGAACUGAUGGAAGACCAGGUCGUGGUGAACGUAGUGGAAGAUAUGGUUCAGAUGGGAGGAGAAAGAAUCCAGAGUGGCAUGGCAAUCAAUGCAGAGAGAUGGAAAGUGAUUAUGAUCGCCACUGGGUGGAUGAUGAUAGACCUGGAGAGCACUGUGAUGAAGGCAGAGGUCGAACCAGUCCAGAUAGGGACUGGGAAGGACACAGCAGACACAGAUCUGGUGAUGAGAAUGAUGGAAAUUAUCCAGAGCAGGAAAACCAAAUGGAGGAGAGCAAUACUAUAAUGCUCAGGGGUCUCACCCCAAAUACAACAGAGAAAGAUAUUCACAUGGCGCUUGAGCGGCUCGGGGGACCCCAGCCUGUAGAUGUACGCUUGAUGACGAAAAGAGCAGGUAUAAGCAGACGUUUCGCCUUCGUGGAGUUUUAUCACUUGCAAGAUUCCACCCGAUGGAUGGAGACCAAUCAGAACGCGCUGGUGAUUAAAGGGAAAAACAUUCCAGUCCACUACAGCAACAAAACGCAGAAGGGUGAAAACUGGAUUUGCAGUGCCUGUGGUUUGUACAAUUUUCAAAAGAGGACGACAUGUUACAAGUGUGGAACAGGAAAAACCGGAGAAUCUGCUGAAGGAAGUGCUCAGACUCCAGUUGUAGAGUCUCAACAAUCAGCAGAGUUCAGUGGAGACACAAUCAUUUUGAGGAACAUUGCCCCCCAGUCUACCGUUAAUGGAAUUCUGAACAUAUUGGCGCCCUUUGCCAACCUGUCUACGAGCAACAUCCGCCUCAUUAAAGACAAACAAACAGGACAGAAUAGAGGCUUCGCCUUCAUCCAGCUCUCGUCCCCCUUGGAGGCAUCUCAGCUGCUCACUAUCCUCCAGAGCCUUCAGCCACCUCUAAUGCUUGAUGGAAAAAUAGUCUGCGUGGAUUAUGCCAAGAGUGCUCGGAAAGACACUGUCCAGUGUGAUGGGGUCAGAGCCAGCGCUCUCUCUGUUGCCAGCACUGCCAUUGCUGCAGCUCAGUGGUCGUCCAGUCAGUUGCUUCAAAGUUCAGGAGCAAAUGUCCCUCUGCCCGAUGGACAUGCACAGCAACCGAAGGGGACAUCUUAUCCAGUAUGGCCAAAGCAGCCUGAGGGUCUGGCUCCUGUCGUUGGAAAUGGAUUGUUAGGAGCAGCUCCAGGAAUGAAGACUUUGAUGCCUACAGCCACAGAUGUGGUCGUAUCCCAGACAGCUCACCUCUACCAACCUGUCAUCAUCAGCCAGCCUGUGACACAGACGCAUCAACUAGUGCUGCAACAACCAGCAUCACAACAAACAGCUAGUUUUUGUACCGCAUCACUAGAAACGCCAACAUCUUCCAUUGCUGCAACAACAGUAUGUGGCGCCACGACUGCAAGCACAGCAGCUGUUCCUGACACAUCUGAAUACCAGUAUGAUGAAGUGUCGGGUUACUACUAUGAUCCAAAGACUGGCUUUUACUAUGAUCCCAACAGCCAGUACUAUUAUAACUGUGAGACUCAGCAGUACUUCUACUGGGACAGUGAGAAACAGACGUAUGUCCCAGCUCCGAAUGUAUCUGACUCCAGCGCAGACUCCACAGCUUGUUCCUCAACCACAGCUGCCACGAGUAGUAAAGAGCCCAAGGAUAAAAAAGAGAAGUACAAAAAUAAGUCUGCACAGCAGAUUGCAAAGGACAUGGAACGCUGGGCCAAAAGCUUAAAUAAACAGAAAGAAGUAUGUAAGGGAAACCUCCAAAGCACAGGGCUUUCUAAGGAGGAAGACAGGAAAGAGUCUGCAGCUGCAGAUGCAGCUUUUUCCCUUUUCGAGAAGAAGGUAGGACGUUUUGAAAUGACUUCCCUCACAGGUGAACAUUUCAGGCUAACUGAGCAGGAGAUUUCAUUAAAGAGUGAUGUUGUCGCUGCUUACAACGGGGAAAGUGACCCGGAGGAGGGGGGUAUUGAAAGAGCAGCAGAGGAGGAUGGAAAAAUGACAGACUGGAAGAGAAUGGUGUGCCUGCUGUGUCGCAGGCAGUUCCCCACCAAAGAGGCUCUGCUGCGUCACCAGCAGCUCUCCGACCUCCACAAGCAAAACCUGGUAAUUCACAGACAAUCACGGCUUUCAGAAGCUGAGCUGGAGGAGUUGGAGAGGAAUGAGACAGAGCUGAAAUACAGAGACAGGGCUGCAGAAAGAAGGGAGAAGUAUGGUAUUCCUGAACCUCCUGCAGCAAAGAAGAAAUUCUGUCAACCACCUACCCCCGUUGUAAACUAUGAACAGCCUACAAAAGAUGGCCUAACCAGUGAUAAUAUCGGGAACAAAAUGCUGCAAGCAAUGGGCUGGAAGGAGGGCAAAGGUCUGGGGCGGCACCAACAGGGCAUCACAGCUCCAAUCUCGGCUUCAGUGAGGUCCAAGGGCGCAGGCCUGGGUAUUAAAGGAAGCUCGUAUGAGCUUUCACCAUCUGAUACAUACAAGGAUGCUGUUCGCAAGGCCAUGUUUGCACGUUUUACUGACGAUGAAUGAUCCCAAGACAGAUAAGGGAUCAUAGUCAACUGUGAAAUCUUAACUUUCCUUGCAAACAGAUUUUCCCCCUUAAGCUUUAAUUUGUAAAUAAAAUAUAUAUUUUUUAUGUAUAAAUGUUUACUGCAGAUUUUGAUUUUGUCAGAAUAUGUUUUCAGUGUAAGGACCAUGUACAAUUUGUAAAAUGUAUAAUGUUUGUAAUUAUUUGAGCUUUUUGUUUUUGUAAAAUUCCCCAAAAAUCCGAAUUAUAAUUAAACGUGUCACUUUGUGUUGACAAAUGGACCUGUUAUUUACAAGGAAAUGUUGUUCUUUAUUUAAAUGAAAGCAACUUUAAAAAGGUAAUCAUAUAUUUAGUUGUUGGAUGUGGAGAGUAUGUCACAAACUGUUAUUAUGAUUGGUCUUAAUAUUAUGAAGUAUCAAUAUUUAAAGGUGAUUGUGGAUGUAGUGUAAGGUAAGCUGUCAUACCUCUGAAUUAUUUAUUUUUUCUUUCUGCGAUUGUUUGUCUGUCAAGCAAUAAGGUUUCCUAUUUGUCAUUUAAAAACAUCUCUUGGACCAGUAACCGAUUUCUUAGUUGAAAUCUCGACGUCUCUAUUACUUGAACACUGGCUGUGGUUUGUGAUUGUGACAUCUGCUCUUUCAUUAA